AUGCUCCUCCUAUACAUCUACAUCACCACGGCAAUCCUCACCCUCCUCGCCGUCGCCAAUGUCGAGAAAACAAUUUUCCUCGGCCCAUCACCACUCGCCAUUCCGGCGCUCAAUCCAGCUCUAGACGACCUAGGCCUCGAGCGCCUCUCACCAGAAAAUGGCAUGCUGCGAACGAACCUCAACGCCUCGUUCCCAACAACAGACGCGCCUGGCACAGAUUCCUGGUUCUUCCUCGAAAAUCUGAAUCCAGGACAGCGGUAUGAAGUGCGGAUCUGUUGGUUGGCUACUCAACCGACAGACUUCACCUUGCGGACAUACACCCUCCCGCAAGUUCUCGAAAACCGUUCUCUCCUCUCCUCUAUAAGCGCCUACUCAUCCGCACGUCUUUCCGCGGUGCCCCAAUCGCAGUCACAGAAAAUACUCACCCGCAACCGGCGCGGCACGCCGCAAGACGCAACAACCUCAGACUCGGUCCUAUUCCUACAAAUCGCCGCCGCGGCGGAUUACUUCUCUGUAGACCAGGCGUUGAUGGAGAAUGUACCCUCAGUACUGGCUGAUAUCAUUCUUGAUCCUUUUUUGGGCAAUGUCUUUCCUAGGAGUCUGGUGCCGACAGCGUGCUGGGCGACUAUUGUUGCUCUUCUGGCCGUUUUUGUGGCUCGGUGGGUAGCUGGGCAAUUCGGGAGACUGGUGGAUUCUGUUGAUAUGAGGUUAUUUGCGGGUGAAAAGAAGGAACUAUAG